AUGUUAAAUGAUAUUUUAUUUUCUUCAGACGUAUUAUCAAGUGAACUUGACAAUUUUUUUCAAGUUGCCACUACGAUUUCAUAUGAAUCAUUAGGAGUAUAUAUAUUAGAUCAAGGAUGGAGUAAUUCCGAUUAUUUUAUUAACUUAAAUCCAGCCUUUGAUAAUUUAUUCGGUGAUAAACUACUCAUAAGAUGUUUACAACAACAACCACGUCUAAUCAAUUAUGUAACAUUCACUUAUUAUGAUAGAUAUGACAAUAUAUUGAAUGAUUUUAAUGGUCGGCCAUUAGUAUAUACAUCGCGCUCUAAUAAACUUGGACAUCUUAUAGAAUCAUUACCAAGAGAAACUAACUAUUAUUAUAUUAAAGUUUUUUUUAACUUACAGUCGAACUCUGGAUUUGAUCCAAGUCAACUUUUCUUUCAUUGUUCACAAUCAACCUCAUCAACAUUAAUAGCUUCAUCGACAACACAUCCAAAGGGCAAAUCGACAGCACAUCCAAAGGCUGAAUCGACAUCACAUCCAAAGAGUAAAUCGACAGCACAUCCAAAAGGUGAAUCGACAGCACAUUCAACAAUACAUUCUUCGACGGAACACUCACCAACACAUUCUUCAACGGAGCAUUCAUCUACACAUUCAUCGACGGAACAUUCAUCGACAGAGCAUUCAUCAACAGAACAUUCAUCAACACAUUCUUCAACAGCACAUCCAUCAACAGCACAUCCAUCAACGGAACAUUCGUCAACAGAUUCACCAACAGAUUCGUCAACAGAUUCGUCAACAGAUUCGCCAACAGAUUCGCCAACAGAUUCGUCAACAGAUUCGUCCACAAAUUCAUUAACAGAUUCAUCAACACCAACAACACCAACAACAACAACAACAACAACAACAACAACAACAACAACAACAAGUCCACCUUGUAAUGUCAAUCGAUGUUGCGGUGGUUGUGUUAUUUGCUUUCAGAGUAGUACUUAUUAUUAUUGUGGUGCCCGUGGCGAUGGUAAUUUUUUUAUUUCUCUUGAUGCUGUUAAUCCUAACACUGGCUCUUCUUCUUGCGUUGGUAAUAGCGGCAGUUGUAGAGUUGGUGGAUCUACUACGGGCACCAAUUCUUUUUGUGGUUGCAUUAAUAAACUCUGUGGUUUCAACACUGGUGGUAGUUGUUCUGAUUAA